AUGUCGUUCGACAGCUCCAGCUCACACCUCAAUGCCUCCGAUCCCCUCCUCAGCGCCUCUUGUCUAGAUUUCCUCCUCAUUGAGUUGGUACCGAUGGCUGAGCGGCUAGCGAAAGAACUCGCAGCGGAUGAUAGAGUCCUUGAUGAUGAGGAGGUGAAGGAAACGGCCUUUUUUCGGCUAGAAACACUGGGUUACAGGGUUGGACAGGGACUCGCAGAGAGGUUUUCUCGAGACAGGCCGCGGUUCACAGAUAACCUAGACGUCAUCAAAUUUCUUUGCAAAGAUCUAUGGCAAAUAUUGUUUAAGAAGCAAGUCGACAACUUGAAAACGAAUCAUCGCGGUGUCUAUGUCUUGACGGACAGCUCUUUUAGACCAUUUGCGAGAAUGAGUAUGGCAGUAAGGAGCGAAGCUGUCGCUAUGGCUCAAGCUUAUCUUUGGUUUCCUUGUGGUGUUAUUCGUGGUGCGCUGUCAAAUUUAGGUAUCAACACGACUGUCCAGGCUGAAACAACGGAAUUGGCUGGAGCGACAUUCCAGAUCAAGACGAUAAACAAGACCUAA